UCUCGCUGUUUGUCUGUUCCGCAGAGAUUGAACAUCUCGACAUCGCCCAACGACAACAGAUCCGCCCACGAUGGUUCAAGUCAAGCAGAGGUCCGGCAUCGCCGUCGGCAUCAAUGCUGGCCACAAAGUCACCCCUCGCCAGCCAAAGCCUCGUGUUUCGCGCAUGAAGGGUCACCUCAGCAAGAGAACUGCUUUCGUCCGGGACAUCGUCAAGGAGGUUGCUGGUCUCGCACCAUAUGAGCGCCGCGUUAUCGAACUUCUCCGCAACUCCAAGGACAAGCGCGCCCGUAAGCUCGCAAAGAAGAGACUCGGAACUUUCGGCCGUGCGAAGAGAAAGGUGGACGAGAUGACCAAGGUCAUCGCUGAGAGCAGGAGAGCCGGUCACUAAGCGGGUGCUUUGUCUGUGCUGCUAUGAGAUGACGCGGAAUUUCGAAAUGCAGAGGCAUGAAGGCGCAACAAAGCCAUGGGUUUGACAUGAAAUGCCGCCGCUGUGCUUGGGCCGUCGCGUCCGGCGUAGAAGCCCCAUACACACCAGAGGCCAGCGGCUACCGGUAGAAAGGCGCUCAUACUGAAUGAAAAUGCAUUGAAAGUCCAG